CCAUGUGUCCUCAAGAAAAUCCAAAAGUACAAUUGGGCCAUUGGCACAAUUUAAACAUGUUCUUUUCAACCUUAACUUCAAUACUCCCACCUUAAAAUAAAAAAUUAAAAUAACCAAAACUAAGCUUCAAAAAAUUCCAAUGGCUAUGGCAUCUUCACUAAUUUGUUCAACUCCAAUUCCAACCAAAUUCAUCACAAAACAAAACCCCCUUUCUAAUCACUCUUCAAAUCCUAUUUUCCCCAAAUUAACCAAACAACCUUUAAGGAAUUUGGUGGUUUUAUCAACAGCUGCAAUUGAAGCUGAAACACAAAAAUCUGGUACUGCUAAAACUCCAUCAAAGUCACUUCCUUUUAGAGUUGGACAUGGAUUUGACCUUCAUAGAUUGGAGCCUGGCUAUCCUUUGAUUAUUGGUGGGAUUAAUAUACCUCAUGAUAGAGGUUGUGAAGCUCACUCUGAUGGUGACGUUUUGCUUCAUUGUGUUGUUGAUGCGAUUUUGGGAGCUUUAGGGCUUCCUGAUAUCGGGCAGAUUUUCCCGGACACUGAUCCUAAAUGGAAGGGUGCGCCUUCUUCGGUGUUCAUGGAAGAAGCUGUGCGUCUAAUGCAUGAAGCCGGUUAUGAAUUGGGAAACCUAGAUGCCACUUUGAUUCUUCAAAGACCAAAAGUGAGCCCACACAAGGAGGCUAUUAGAGCCAACUUAUGUAAGCUGCUUGGUGCUGAUCCUUCUGUUGUGAACCUGAAAGCAAAGACUCAUGAGAAAGUUGAUAGUCUCGGUGAGAACAGGAGUAUCGCGGCUCAUACUGUUGUUCUUCUUAUGAAGAAAUAGUGAAUAGAGCUGGUCGAUUUUGUUGUAUAAAACUUGCCUAGUUUAUAAAGAUUUUACUAGUCUUCCCCUUGAGCCGGCCCCGGGCUGCAAGUUCCAACUCUUGUAGAAUAUUCAGUGGUACUUCAGCAGUUUCCUUGAAGGUUCAGUCAAUUUGUUUGAUCAACAAGAAACAUACUAAAAUUUCCCA